AAGUGGCAGGACCAUGGCCACCAACUAUAGUGCCAACCAGUAUGAAAAACCUUUCUCACCCAAGUAUCUGCAGAACUGGUCUCCUGCCAAGUCAACUAAAGAGAGCAUCUCUGCCCAUGAAGGCUACACUCAGAUUAUCGCCAAUGAUCGUGGUCACCUGUUGCCUUCAGUGCCUCGCUCCAAGGCAAGUCCUUGGGGUUCCUUCAUGGGCACCUGGCAAAUGCCUCUAAAGAUACCCCCUGCCCGGGUGACUCUGACCUCCCGUACAAUUGCUGGUGCUGCCUCCCUCACCAAAUGGAUUCAGAAAAAUCCUGACUUGCUCAAGGCCUCCAAUGGACUACGUCCUGAAAUCUUAGGCAAGCCCCAUGAUCCAGUCAGUCAGAAGAAACUCAGGAAGAAGACUGUGCAACAAGCACCAAGAACCACCAUAAUUCCAAACUCCCCAGCCACAAGUUGCAACUCCCCCCAUCAACUGCAAAGCCCACACCCCUCUGCAGGUCACACUCCAGCUUUCCAAAGCCCACCCAACUCUCCUAACAGCCUACCUGGAAGCCCAUGUAUGCCUGAUCUAGCCAAGGUCCCAAAAUGCAAACCUAGAACUCCAGAAAGGACUAAGAACCACACUGAGAAAACCUGUCUAGAGACUGAGCAAAGUAAACAAGAUCCCUAG